CCAUAUAUCCUAUAUACGUACAUAUGCGCAAAAAAGCUAGUUUCCAAAAGCGACGAAGUGCCAUCACCGAAGUAGCAUCAACUUUAAUGUGCGGGACAUGCGCAGUGUUGGCCAUUAAACGAGAAUCCAACAAGUGCGGCAUGGAAAUGCUAUUCGGCAACCGACUUCGUGACCCUUCGUAUCGCCUCGUGUUACUCGCAACGGUACUUUUCCAGCCCGAACAGAGCAGAGGAAUUUCAACACCACCACGCACAUUGCAGUGGGAAUGGGAUUGGUUUGGCGUCCUUUGGCUAAGUUGCUUCGCCCGACAGCCAGAAAAUUCAGUCACACCACGGCCAUCGCGCAGUCAGCUACAGAAAACCAGAAGCUAACGACCUGCUAUGCAGAAGUCCUUCGUCUGCAACUGACCACGAGAGCUGAGCAAAGAAGAGCCUAUAUAUAUAUAUUUUUUUUUUUUGCUGUUUUGUACAAUUGAAAAGACAUAGGUAUAGUGAUUGGUCCGGUGAAUAUUGUGCGUGUUUAGCCAUGUCAGCAAAAUGCAACUCUCCGAUGGGAAACUACCAAUAAUUAACUGAAGAAAAACAAACAAUAACUAGCAAAUUAAGCAAACACAAUCCAGGAUGUCGGACCAGCAGAAAGCCUCCCUCUGUCCCCGUCUGGUGGACUACAUGGCCAUUGUGGGUGCACACACGACGCCUCCGAUGCCAAAAGGACUGCAGGGCCUCAAGGCCCCGCCAGUGCAGGUGCCCGACCUGCUGCGUCGCUAUCCCCCAUCGGACCAUGCGGAUUUCCCGCUGCCCCUGGACAUGGUGUACUUUUGCCAGCCGGAGGGCUGCACCAGCGUUGGACCACGACGCACUGGCUCCGCCAUUCGGGACAUGACCUCCUUUGUUUUCGCGCUGACCGACAAGGAUUCGGGCAAGACGCGCUAUGGCAUUUGCGUGAAUUUCUACCGUCCCAUCGAGCGACCUAGUUCGGCGGCGGUAACGGCGGGAGCGGGCAACGAUCGUCCGGGUAAUGGUGGACCUGGUGGCCAUGGGGGCGGCAGUGGAGGAGGAGCAGGAGGCGGCGGGCGCGGUGGAAGACGGUCCUCGGCCUUUCGACGGGAGUCGUGGCGCAAGAGCAUGGAACGCAGCUCGGAUUCGGCAUUUAGCAGCGACUACAGAAGUAACGUAGCGCCUAGCGAUUCGGACCGUGAACUGACCUCGCGUCGGGAUUCGGACCAGCAGCGCCUGCACUCACACCACUCGCACCACCAGCCGCCGCACCACCCGUCGGCGAGCCCGGCAGUGCCCAAACUUGGCCUGAUGGCUCCCUCGGCGGACUCCGAAUCCGGCGGCAGUCAUUCUCCAUCACCACGCGCCUCGCGUAAGAGGACGAAGCUGCGCAACCAGUCGCUCACCUCGCUGUGCAUCAUCUCGCACCAUCCGUUCUUCACCACAUUUCGCGAGUGUCUCUUCAUCCUGAAGAAGCUCAUCGAUGCCUGCAACGAAUCCUCGUCGCCGAAGCGGGUGGGCGCCUCCCAAAAGAUCAACCGGGACAAUGUGUGGACAGUGCUGACGGGCCAUGUCAGCGAUGCUACGCCCUCGAUUGUCCUGCACGAUGUGCGCGAAAUCGAAACCUGGAUCCUGCGGCUUCUCUCCACGCCGGUUCCUGUGCCGGGAUCGACCAGAGUAGAGGUUGAGGUGCUGUCGCCGACGGUGCAUGAGCCACUGCUAUUUGCACUGCCUGACCACACUCGCUUCUCCCUGGUGGACUUCCCGCUCCAUCUGCCGCUGGAGCUGCUCGGCGUGGAGACCUGCCUGAAGGUAUGGACCCUGAUUAUGCAGGAAAACAAGGUGCUGUUUCAGUCGCGCGACUACAACGCCCUAUCCAUGUCGGUAAUGGCAUUCGUCACUAUGCUGUAUCCGCUGGAGUACAUGUUCCCGGUCAUCCCGCUGCUGCCCACCUGCCUCAGUUGUGCGGAGCAGCUACUUUUGGCACCCACGCCCUUCGUCAUCGGCGUGCCCGCCUCGUUCCUGGUCUACAAAAAGAACUUCCGUCUACCGGACGACAUUUGGGUGGUCGACUUGGACUCCACCAAACUGACGCCACCGACUGGUGGCUACGAAGAAAUACCACCGCUACCUGAGCCCGAGGGCACCAUUCUGAAGAACCACCUCAAGCAGGCUAUGCUAUUGAUGGAUGAAGCUGGACUUGGUGCACUUACCUCGAUGACGGCCACCAAUACGGCGGUGUCCUCACAACAGCUAUUGCCAUCGGUGCGGGAUAGUCUCCAGGAACCACCAUUGCUAGGGGUUUCCCAAGUGAGACUUCCGCUCCAGACGCCUCCGCACUCGGCGCAGGCCAGUCAACGGAACUCGAUGUCCGCCCAAGGAACGAUCAGUUCCCGUCAACCGAGUCCAAUGAAUUCACCAGCACUCAAUCCAUUCGUUUACGGAACGGAUGUGGAUUCCGUGGACGUGGCCACGCGGGUGGCGAUGGUGCGAUUUUUCAAUGCUCAAAAUACAUUGGCCAAUUUCGCUGAGCACACGCGCACCUUGCGUUUAUAUCCACGUCCAGUGGUGGCAUUCCAGAUCAAUAGUUUCCUACGAUCGCGACCAAGAGCCUCGCAGUUCCUGAAUCUAUUUGCCAGGACUCAGGCUGUGGAGUUCCUGGCCGAAUGGUCACUAACGCCCACCAAUGUGGCGUUUCUUCGUGUCCAGACUGGCGUUAUGGAUCCCAUGCAGGUGGGCGAUAAGCCCAAGUGGUUUGCCCACGCUUUGACGCCCAUUCGAUUUUCUGUGUGGGAUGAUGGCAGCUCACUAAAUGGAGCCCUACGAUCGCUAAAACAACUUGAGUGCCAGCCGACGGACGAGAGUGGUUCGGAUUCCGAGGGUGCGGACAGUAGUAGCUCAUCGUACAGCUCCCUCAGUGAUUUCGUGUCGGAAAUGGCCUCCUCUGAUCUUUCGCCGAGCCUGCAUGAUGUCUUUGGGUCUUACAAUCGGCCACAUGUUGUUCCUCAGACUUUAUCCUCGAAUUUGGACCCGGCCUUGGUGUAUCAUCCACCAAGCAAGCUGCAGUAUCCGGAAGGCAUUGCCGAUGCGGUGGCCAGCAAAGAGGAGGAGGAUGAGGAGCGUGCCGACAGCCCUGUAUCCUCAUCCUCCAGUCGCUCGGAUCUGAGUUCGCCCAGCUUCAAUCGCGACUCGGAGUUUGAUUUCCAGCCGAAGGGCGGACAAAAUUUGGGGUCGACAGCAGUUGGCGGUGGAGCGGCUGCACCCAGUUUCGAGUUGGCCACUCCGUUGGCCAUGCGACUGGAGGCCACCAUUAAGAUGGCGAGCAUUGAACAGGAAUCUGAUACGGGAUCCACAGGAAAGAGCAUAGCCGCCAGUUCGAAGCUACACAGACAUCCCAGCGACUCCGAUUCGCGACCUGAAAAGAAGAUACCGCCACCACUAACGCCACCGGUGAAGCAGCCUGGCGUAAGCAAUAUCCUGGCCCGAACUGGUAGUUCCGGCUCCAGUUCCAGUAGUCCUGGACGCCAGAGUUCCCAGAGCUCCCUAUUCGAGAACUUUGCCUCCCAUGCCAAGGAGUUGGUGCGCGAAACAACGCGCCAGAGCAGCCAGGAGGGUCUACUGGCCCACGUGGAUAAGCAUGCGCUGGACGAAGAUCUUGACGACAAAAUGCGUCAUACCUUCGAAAAGUUUACGCUGCACGCCAAGAAGGCGGCUGGCGAGGCUUCGAAGCAGGCCCUGGAAGUGUCCAAACAGGCGGCUGGGGUGAGCAAGAAUACCCUCGAAGAUCUCACAUAUGUGGGCAAAUCGACGCUGGGCGAUCUCACCAAAACGGCCAAGGAGGCGGCCACCAAGAAGGGCAUCAUUAAGAUCGAGGAGCAUUCGGCGGGCGGAACUGGACCACCGCCAAAGUCACCCGGAUCCCAGCUGGCCACCCACAAGCAGGUGCAGCAAUCUGGCGGACAGGGUGGUGGCAACAACUUCUUCUCCGCCAUUGGCACGGAUUUCAAUGGGCUAGCCUCAUCCACAUCCACCAUGUUCUCUGGCAUGUUUGGCAAAAAGAACCAACAAAAGCAGGUUCCUGUACAGCAAAAGCAAGCUAACGUAUCCUCUGGAAAAGCCAAGUCAGGCAUUAAUUUCGAUCCCUUCCCGGGACGCAAGGGACUCGUGGAGCGGACGCCGUUGAUUAAGCAUUCGGGUCCUAGGCAAACACAAGAGGAGCUGACCCGCCAGCAAAACCAGGAGCGUUCGCAUAGUAAUGCCGAGAACCAGACAUUCCUCAAGGAUGUGACCAACCAGGUGCUCGCCGGUGAGGGAGUCGGUUGGCUGAAGCUCAAUCGGUUUAAGAAGCUCAUGGAGGACGAGUCCUAUCGCACACUGGUGCUCAGCAAGCUGAAUAAGACGCUGGACAAGAAGAUUGCCCCAGAUGAUCAUAUUGACGAUGUGUGCGUGACAAAGCCCGUGUGGAAGGGUAUGCUGAAGUGCAUCCAGGCCAUAGCCGGCGGUUUGGACGUGACUUUUGCGAAUUUCGGCCUGGGCGGUAUGGCUUCUGUGUUCCAGUUGAUGGAGGUGGCGCAUACGCAUUAUUGGAGCAAGGAGAUCACCGAGGGCAGUGAUAUGUCCUCCAGCCUGCUCUCCAGUCACGCCGCCAGUCCGAUGGGCAGUAGGGAGAACCUGCGAUCGCCCAGCUCUCCAAAUGGUUCGCACUCGGCAUUGGGCAGUGAGUGGGCAUCGCCUCAGGAAUCACGAAAGAGUUCCACUCAAUUGGCACACGGUGGACCAGGUGGUUCGCAUUCGGGUGCACCGAUCAACCGGCGAUUGUCGUCGGCGGACAGCCAGGAUGGUCAGUCCACCACGGAGAUGUUCAAGGACAUGCUGUCGCAGAAGAGAAGUGCCUUGAAGAACAUGCUUACCUCCUUUGAUUCAGAUGCUGCUGGCUCCACGGGGGCGCUUUCCGUUGUCAGCUUGGGCGUCCGCCUGCCCUCCAGCUGCCGAUCCACGGUCUCAGACACCGAGUACGAAAAUACAACCACGUCAAAGGAUUCGAAAAAGAGUUCUGGCAAUCUGUGGUCUGGCAAGUCAACGCUUAGUGCCGGAUUUCGUUACACUGGAGGACACCUGAUCAACACUUCAUCUUCUCCCUCGCCGGACAGUCCGCGGGUGUAUCUCUUCGAGGGACUGCUGGGCAAGGAUCGCCUCAAUCUUUGGAACCAAAUGCAAUUCUGGGAGGAUGCCUUCCUCGAUGCUGUCAGUCAGGAGCGUGAUAUGAUCGGCAUGGAUCAGGGUCCUAUUGAAAUGAUGGAACGCUACAAAUCACUGAGUGAAUCGGAGCGCAAACGUCUGGAACACGACGAGGAUCGUUUGCUAUCCACAAUGCUUUACAACCUGACGGCCAUCCUGGUGAUGCUGAAUGUUACCAAGGACGAGAUCCGACGUAAGAUUCGACGUCUUCUUGGAAAGAGUCAUAUUGGCUUAGUGUACUCCCAAGAGGUGCACAAUGUGGUCGAUCAGAUAAAUAAUCUGAACGGCAAUGACAUUGAUUUAAAGCCUCUGGGCUCGCGAUUGCUGCACCGCCAGAGCUUCACCGUUCACCAGGGUACGGAUGUAAAUGGACCACUACGAUUCAUGGAGGUGCGGGAUGAUGGUCUGGUACUGCGGUCAGUGGAUGGCACCAUUGUGGAGCGCUGGUGGUACGAGCGGCUGGUCAACAUGACCUAUUCACCCAAGACCAAGCUGCUCUGCCUGUGGCGCCGCAAUGGCGGUCAAACGCAAUUGCACAAAUACUACACACGAAAGUGCAAGGAGCUGUACAAUUGCAUCAAGGAGGCCAUGGAACGAGGUGGUACACCCACCAAUGUGCCCGAGCUGGGCGGCGAGUUUCCCGUUCAGGACAUGAACACGGGCGAGGGCGGCCUGCUGCAGGUGUGCCUCGAGGGUGUCGGUUUGUUGUUCUCCAACAGCAAGGAUUUCGAGUUCUUCGUGCGAUUGGACCACAUCCGCAAGUGCUUCACCCAGAAGGGUGGCAUUUUUGUACUGGAGGAGUACAAUCCCAAGACGCGCAAUCUCAUUCAACGGAAGUACCAGUCGAGCAUGUCCGAUCAGAUUUGCUACUCGGUGCUGUGCGUAUUCUCCUACGUGGCCGCCGGUCAGGAUCAGAAGAAGAAUCCGGUGGUCAUCACGCCGCAAAUCCAGGACAUUCAUGCCCAGCAGAAGCAAAAGCACCAGCAGCAACAGCAGCAGCCGCAGCCGCACCAAACACAUCAACCGACGACGCAACAACAUCAGACAGCAGCAACAACAGUAGCGUCUGCAGUGCCCACAACAACUGCUCCAGCCGGACAAGCCAAUCCCAACAGGAUGAGUGGCAAAUCGCAAGCUGGCAGUAUCUCCAUACGUCACACGGUGCCCAUGCAAAAGCCCACCAUCACCAUGUCCACGGUGCAGCCGCAGGCCAGGAUGCCCGUCCAGGUGGCAACCGCAUCUGUUCCGGUCACGGUGCCCGUUCCCCCCACUCCCGCACCACCCACAUCCAAUCCCGGCAAGCUGCCGCAAUUGCCGCCGCGCGUACCAUCGCAACCUUCCACGGAGAGCCUGGCCUCAAUUUCAUCGCCGCCUCCAAAGCUACGGACACCCCUGUCCGCUCCACCCGGACCACCGCCGGCCAUACCGCCGCGCACGGGCGCCAUUUCACGGAGCGGUUCGGUACCGGCGGCCCGAUCCUUUGUCCGCCAGGCAUCGGCUAACUCCACACCGCCACAGUAUACGCCACAGCCGCCGCCGCCCUUCGUGAUACCCAAGCGGCACAGUGGACUGACCAGGGCAUCCACAUUGUCAUCUUCCACAUCCACAUCGGCAUCGGCAUCGAUGUCAUCAUCGUCCGCCUCCAAUCAUCAUGGGCAUUCACAGUCGCAGCAGCGCGCUAGUCACGGCAGCGUCGCCGCUGUGCUGCAGUCAAUGCCGGAGGCUGAGCCCGGUUACGGAUCCGGCUCCGGUUCGAUAUCCGGCUCCAGUUCCGGCUCCGGUUCGGCAUCGGGCUCCAUUGCCAGCGCUUCACCGCAGGCGCAUCGCAAGCACUGACGAAGGAGUUC